GAGAAACAAAAAGAUUUGCUCUUGCUUGAGGCUUUCAAAGGAGGGGAUGUUGGUUCGGCAUGGUUUCCUUCACAACGCGAGACUCGAAAGGCAAGAUUUGCUGCCAAUGCCAAUUCAUUUUGCCUUCCCGUCUGGCAAGACAGAAGAUUGGUCUAGAUGGGCUAAAGAGGUGCUCGCUAAUAAUGGUUUUGUGGAGGUAUUGCAUGCCGUCGCGGCCCUUAAGCUGGUAGCUCUGAGCCAGACCUUGCAAAUCAGUGGCAAUGUGGAAUGCCUCCAUCGCUUGGUACAAAGAUUGUGCACGAGCACUCACACUUUCAUCCUUGCUUUUGGAGAAGUCACUGUGACUUUGGAAGAUGUGGCAAACUUGAUGUUAUUUCCUAUUGUUGGAGAGGAAGAUCCACAACACAUAGACUUGCAGAAGAUGAUGAGGACGACUGCUAGUGUUUCUUCUCCUGAAGGUGUGAGGCUCCCCUUGGCUCCACUGAUGUUAGGUACGCUCUAUCACAUGCUUGAUUUGCUACAUUUUAAUGAGAUUCUUGGCAUUGGCUACUACAUCAUCGAGUCUCAUGUGUGUCUAUCUUUGUUGCAAAUGUUUGCAUGGGAGAGAUUUCACCCACACUACUUUGGGCGUGUUACCGGUGGGAAAGCAUUGAAGGAGUAUCCCAUGGCGAAGUGCAGUUACACUAGUGGAACAGCUUCCUUUAAUUUCCACGUAUACAAGGUGAUGCCUGGGACAUUCGUUCCCCCCGAAGUGAGUCUUUUUGACAAAGCACUCUCGGCAAUGCUUGGGAAUCAGAUUGUGAACUUCAUUGCUGAAGACUUGGGCCAUAUGGAAGCACCGAUAGUAGUUAUGCCAUCCAUGCUGUUGUGUUUUACAUGGUGGGGGAUGUGGAGCUUGGAGUGUUACUACCCAAAAAAGGUGGCAAGGCAAUUCGACCAUGAUCAGGAUGUCCCUCUGGCUCCUUCUUCAGACAAAAUAGAUUGGAAUAAAGUCAUGUGGCCUUACAUUGAUGAGGUAGCUUCCAACAUGUGGAGUGAAGGCAUUGCCACGCUGAGGUUUUUUAGUCUUACCAAAAUGUCAACCAUGUCACCGUUGAUGUUGGAAUAUUGGCGUACAUUGUUGAAGAGGUUUGAAGCUUUUAUUCAAUCACUGCCGAAAGUGGUGGAAUAUGAUUUUGCUUCCCGAGAUUGUGAUCUUCUUUUCACUCACAACAACUCUUUCUUGAGCUAUUGCCAUAAGCAUUCUCGAGGGUUUUUUAUGAGGGGAAAUGAUGGACAGUGGGUACCUGUUUAUCUUCCCGUACUUGGCUUGGUGGGAGAGGAGUAUCAUGCUAUUGAAGGAGAACCCGGACAAGAAGUAGCUGAUGAUGCUGGAAUUGGAGAAGAAGCUAAUGAAGCUGCUCCUUCAAGAAAGUCGGCAUUGGGUAAGAGAAAAAGCAUUGCUCAUCCACCCAGAAGCAAGGCACACAGAACUUCCGCUUCACCAACCAGCAAGCAAAGCAAGGCCCAAGCACCUACACCCUCCACGAUGAGAACCACCAAAGGCAAAGGGGCAAUUGAUGGGGUUCCUAUUCCUGGCGAGGACGAAAUCCCCUCCAAACCUGAAGAGGCCAAGAAGGUAAAAGCUUUAAUGGUGAACAUGGAAGAAGCUUUAGCUAAUCCCGAUGUUCACCGAAAAAUUUUGGCUAAGGAAAUAGCAGAGUCGACGACGAAGGCUAAGGCUAGUGACAUUUCGCUACAGAAACCCUUUACUACCAAGGGAGGUGUGAGGAUAUCAUAUGGCACCCCGAGCAUGACAAAGAAGCCUGGAGCAACAAAGACUCAACCUGAAACAUCGAUACCAAAGCCACGUCCCAUUAGUGAGCUACCUCCUUUCCAAGCUAGCAAUUUUGAAUUGGUCCCCAGGGGGUUCAGACUGAAAAGGAAAAUUGAUGCUGCCACUGAUGUGAAAGGUGUUGAGAAAGGGAAGGUCACCGAGGGUGAAGGUGUAGGCCUCCAAGGUAGUAUUGACAUGAACAGGGUUGCCCUGGAAGAAUUUGAGUCAGAUGUGGGCAACGCUGCAAAGAAACCUGUUCCAAUAAAGGCAAGAGAUGCCAUUGACGAUGCCGAGAGUAUAAACUUCAAGGUGGGUACCAUCCAUACACACUUAUCAGAUUUGGCAAAGGCGUACCUCGAAAAAACUGUGUUUGGCAUGGCUGGGAAUGAUGUGACUGAGAGCUUGGAUGAGCAAAUUGAGAGGCAGGCGAAGCACAUCAUAAAGAUGGAGAAGUCCCUAGCUGAGACGAAAAAGCUUGUCACCAAGCUGGAGGAAGGUCUGGUAUUAGCCAAGGCAUACUUAGGAUUGCUUAAUCAGGACAAGGAACAUCUACAGUCCAACGGCAUAACUGAGCUUUGCUAGUCUUGUAUUAAGGCUAUUAAGGUCUUUAGAGAUGAGCCAGGCCCAUUUUCUUCAUGAUUGGUUAUGUUGGUUCUAGCUUGUUCUUUACUUUUCCCUUUAUAUCGACUGUUGGCGAUGCCGCAAUGAUGUAAUUUUUUAAUUACACUUGUCUUGUAUUAAACAUCUUUGUCUCCAGCGAAGUUUGAAUCUUGCUUGUUUGUUCAUUUUCUGGCUUGUAUUUUCUUAUUGGACAAAAAUAGAUCAAAGAGGUUAUU